AGGAGUAUCAUCUAGUAUAUAUAUUUGGCAGGAGCCUUUGAAGGAAGCGAUGAUGGAGAGAGGUGUCCAGCCUGGGGUUGUUAUUACAUUUACUGUGAGCUGAUCUGGGCAAGUGUCCCCAAAUGAAAAUAUCGACCCCGGAUAUUGUACAGGAGAAGGACGCCAGUCUGGAACUCCGAACUUCGCGCAAGUCGAGAUUUCAAUCUCGCAGUCUUCUCAUUCAUGUCGUCCGAUUCCCCGCCUAUCUUGACCAUCUUUCCACUCCUCACUGGUUACAGAGAGGUCUGGAGUAUCAUUUAAUCAGGAUUGUAUCUGUCGAGGACUCAAUCCGUAAAUAUGGUCGGCUAUGCCUUUUUCGCGUGUCAGUGCAAAUACGGGACUUUGUCUGCUUAUAUGCUAGCUCGUCCGCCAUGGUCCACAUCAUAAAGGGCCCCUGGAAGAACCGCUUCAGUGACACUUUCGUCGGGAAUGCCAAGUAUGAAUGCUGCUUAAACCAUUUACACGCUCACAAGUCUUUUCGGGACACUCACAAUGCCUGUCGUCCUUUGUUACAAGCGUUUCCGUCGGGAUGAUGAAUGGACUCGGCAGCAACACGUCCCGGGCCCACUAUGCCACUAACCUUAACGCUAAGAUGUCUCAAUCAUGAUACAUCGUUUUUCAGCUCCAACUUAAGGAAUCCUUUCAACCGCGCCUUUUUAAUGUUUCUACCGUACUCCAUUUCUGGAAGUGUUCAAAGAACACAAGCUACGCAU